CUCCACCAGCACUCACCAUGGCAACAAGAGCCUUGCUUUGUUUGCACUUAUAACGCUCUGUUCCAGAUAACGAUAGCGCUACAGCCCUCUUCGGUGACUCCGAGUGCCCUAUGUAGCAGAGCAUUCGCGGAUACUUUUGCAGUUAGUUUUACCGCUUUCUCUGGAAGACUCAGCGGAAGAGAUUGCACUGUCGUACAGCUAGGUCCCGUUCUUUUAGGCGGCAGAAGCGUUUUGAGUCGAUUAAAAACACAGCCAGGUCCCGUGCUUUUAGCUUGCGGAAGUACUUACAUCGUAUUUUGGCAUGGGAUGGAUGUCAGGCGGACUGGCGUGCGGGAGCUCUCGUCUCAGCCGGCAGUCUCGCGUCACCGAAGGCCAAACUCCCACUAGCAGCCGCAGCAACCCGCCCAUUGAUAAUCAACGGUCAGGAUUCCUCCAGCGGUGCCGCCAUCAAAUCAGCCGCGUCGCACGCCAAUGCUGGCCUGCCGACCCCACCUGCUGGUCGCCGGCCGAGCCGCGCUGCUGGGGACCCAACGGCGGCGCGGAAACCCCCGACUCGGAAACCAACGUUAACUCGGGCGAGCUUGUAACGGCCAGGGACGGCGGCGGCGGCAACGCUGCGGGAAGCAUCCGCGAAGCUGAGAAGCUAGCUACUGGUGCUGCUGGUGAUGGCGAUGGUAGCAACGGUGUUGGCGGCGGUGCCGCUGCUGCGGCUCACAAGCAGCAUCGGCGAUCUAACAGCAGGUCGGCUUCUAAACCCAUCGACGACGAAUGGUCGCUGAGUCCCUGUAACUCCGUCGCCGAUUUCGCCGGCUUGGAAAUGGUCGGUCGCGGACGCUGGGCGACCGUUUACGUCGCGACGCACAACAAGACCGGCCGGAGGGUUGUACUUAAGAUCUACACGGCGCGGCACGGCACGGCGGCGAUGCAGAAGCAGAUCGAGCGCGAGAUCUGGUGUAUGCGCCAGACGCGCGGGCACAAGCACGCGAUUGGCUACCUCGGAAGCUUCGUCGACGAUUCCGGCAGGAUCGAGAGCGCGAUUGGCGGGGACAGCAGGGGCGGAGGGAAGGGGAAAGGCCGGUUAGGACAGGGGGUUUUCCGCAAUAGUAGCGGGAAAAAUGGCUGGAAGAGCGGGGGGAAAGCUGGGGGGAAAAGCGGCGGGCGGGGGAGUGUGGGUGGGGGGAGCCGGGGGAAGCACCGGCGGAAGCAAACGGUUAUUGUCGAGGAGUUCGCGGCGGGAGGGGACGUUUACCAGCGGCUGAUGAACGAGUUUUGCGGGCAAAUGCCGGAGACGAUAGUUGUUCGCGAAAUCAUUUCGCCGCUGUUACAGGUUCUGCGAUUUCUCCACGCGAACGCUAUCAUUCAUCGCGACGUGAAACCCGAAAAUAUUUUGUUCGCCGCGGACGGGCAGCUGAAACUCGCGGAUUUCGGCCUCGCCAUCUGCACUAUGCGCGAUUUGCCCGGCGCGCGCGUGGGCACGCUCGAUUAUAUGGCGCCGGAGUUGCUUCAGCCAAUUCCUUCCGCGAAUGCUGCUUCCGCGAGUGCGUCCGCGGGCGCGGGCGCGGGAGCCAGCGCUGCUGCGCGCGGCAGUUCUGCGGAACCUGCGGAGAGCCCCGCAGGCGAAGGGUCGACGCUGCAGCGGCAAAAAUCCAGGAAGCGGUCGAGCGCGCGGCAAUCGAGCGGGAAGAACUGGAGAUUCAGCGCGGGGAAGGGCGAAAGGGGGAAAUCGCACGGGGGGAAGGCGGAAGGAGAUGCGGGAACAGGACGGGACGGGGGUAGGGGUGGGGGGGAGGAGGGUGAAAGUGAACCGCGACGCGAGCACGCGGCGCCUUGCAUGCCGCUUGGGAUGGAUCGGCCAAUCAUUUGUCAGGAAGAGGCUUACCGAAUCGCGUUGCCCUAUGACGAAAAGGUUGACGUUUGGGCGUGCGGAAUAUUGGCGUACGAAUUGCAGAUGGGACGCCCGCCGUUCGAAGUUCCGGGCAGGCAGGCGACUUGCAAAAACAUUUUGACCUGCCCGCUGGACACCCUGCCCGGAUUCAAGCCAACAGUAGCAAUUGCUGGCAACAGCAGUGAGAAAAAGGAGAAGGUUUGUGGGCAGCCCUUGCUAUCUCCCCUUUGCAUUUCGUUCCUAAAACGAGCGCUGGAUCGCAACCCCCAAUCACGUGCUUCUAUCCGCGAAUUGCUGCAGCAUCCAUGGAUCCUCUCCUUCGCCCAAUCACCAUCCUCCACGUCAUCAGCCACACCCUCUUCUCCCCCCCCCCCACCACCACCACUACUACCACCUCCUCCUCUUCCUCCUCUUCCUCCUUCUCCUUCCCCUCCUCCUCCGUUCCCUCCUCUCGCUCCUCCCUCUCCUCCUCCCCAUCCUCCUCAAUCCUCGCCCCCUCGUUACCUUCCUCCUCCACCCUGCCUUCGUUACAAUCACACCCCCCUUCGGCCACCUCCUCUGCCCCCAUCAGCCCCUCGUUUCCUUCCGAAAAAUGUCUUUCUGACCGUCCGUGGGUACGAUUCGCACCACCCCCUCUACGAGGGGUGCAAGCAUCCCAGUCGCCCCGCAGCCGCAGCGAAGCGUCGGGCGCAGGGGCGCAGCCACAGCAGCACCACCAGCGCCACCAGCAGCAGCAAGGACAGCAGCAACAUUUCGCACAAGCAGGACGAGGAAGUCUGGGAGCAGGGGGGGGAGGAGGAGGGGGAGGAGGAGGGGGAGGAGGAGGGAGGGGAAGUCAUGGACCGCACACGAAGCAGCCCCCCUCCUCUUUACAAACGCCUAGUUGGGGCCAGCAGCAGCAGCAGCAGCUGAAGCUGCAGCUGGUUUCGUGGGUGAAUUCCAUAUUCUUUAUCACGCCAACCACCAACCCUGCUAGCACCACCACCAGCUCAUCUUCCUCCACCUGCCCCCCCAACUGCACCCGCCAUUUUGCUUGCGUGCAAGCUUCAAGAAAUCGCAGAAGCACCCACAGCAGCCUUCGUGCCGGCGGCCUCAACACCCCUUUCCAUACUCGCAGCACUUCCAACCGUUUCACUACCGGCACUGGCGCUAGUAUCGCAGCUGCUAAUAACGGGUCCGUUUUCUUUGCGAAUGGAGGGCUCUCAUUAGCUGCGAUAAGCAUUCUUGCCCUCUUUAUAGCGCUCCUCGGUAUUCUGCUGCAGGUGGUGGCUCUAUCUGUUCCCCGCUGGCCCAUGGUUGUUACCCAAGUGCUUGGGGGACCGGUGAUAAUUGAGGCUUCCCCCCAUAUAGUCACCCCAGAAGGAGUGUUUAGUGGCAGUGGCCUUGGCAGCAGCAGCAGCAGCAGCAGCAGCAGCAGCAGCAGUGGCGGCAGGAGUGGUAACAGCGGCAGCAGCAGCAGCAGCAGGAGCGAAAGUAGCAGCAGCAGCAGCAGCAGCAGUGGCGGCAGGAGUGGUAACAGCGGCAGCAGCAGCAGCAGCAGGAGCGAAAGUAGCAGCAGCAGCAGCAGGAGCGAAAGCAGCAGCAGGAGCGAAGGCAGCAGCAGCAGGAGCGAAGGCAGCAGCAGCAGCAGUGGCAGCGGCAAAAGUAGCCAGAUUGUUGGUGCUGGCAGUGGCAAUGGUGCCGAAUCCACUGACUCAGUUCUGAAGCAUUCAGCAUGCCCAGCAGAGGUUUUGGAACUGUUGAGUACUGCAGCAGCCAGAGUCGACUCAGAAGUCACCGGACUAUACAAACCAAUAAUAAGCCUUAGUUGCCAUGACUAUGGUUCAUCCUAGCGGAGCUGCGACCUGCCAGUGGUACCACCUGGAAAGCCUUGAUCUGCUAUCUAACCGCUCGAAAUGAAAUCCCUGACGUGCUUCCAUUUCCUGCAGUGUGGAGAAAAAGCAUGUAUGAAUAUAAUGUGGGAUGGCUGCUGCUACUGUUGCUAUGGUGUCUGGGACUGCAACCCUCUGGGAGCAUGUGUUACGUGGCAGGAUACGUAAGAACCGGUUGUAUCCUUUCAUGUUGGCAAAAGAGUACAGGAUGAUCAGUGUAC